AUGCCGUUAAAACAGCCCCAGAUGUCGUUGUUUCAGGUCUAUCUUCGUUUACGCCCCCCAAUGACUGAAAGGCAGGAUGAGUCCGCUCGCUUCCUCGCCGUCGAGCCUCCCGAGGCACAGAAUGACGGCGAAAUUGUUGCGCCAGUUCCAACGCACAUCACCUUGCAACCUCCCAAUGAUACACGAAAGCGCGCAAUCGAAAAAUUCGGGUUCACAAAAGUUUUUGAGGAGAGCGCCACUCAGCUGGACAUAUUCCAUGAUACUGGGAUGGAGUCACUGGUGAGGGGCGUGCUGAAAGAAGGUCGUGAUGGAUUGGUGGCAACUUUGGGAGUCACAGGAAGUGGAAAGAGCCAUACUAUUUUAGGAUCCAAAUCGCAACGAGGAAUCACCCAAAUGGCCUUGGAUGUUAUCUACCGAUCACUUCAACCAACCCUCAAGACCGACGAUGGCAGUAUCACCCCGAUGAUGCUUGCGUCGCUUGCCAGCUCAGAUGCUUCCGAAGCUCAGAUAUUUUCUGCCCAGACGUUCCUGGAAGCCGUGUACGGCGAACCCAACGGAGGCCGCAACUCGAGGGCGCAGACUCCCAUGAGCCCUGGUCGCGCACAAACCCCACAAACGGUACGGAAAUCUGAUACCCUGAAUCCCCAAGGAUCGCCGAUCAAGCUUCCACUUACCCCAGCAUCUGGUCUGCCAAUAUCAUGCAUCAAACCUGGAAGCCCCCGAAAGGUGGACUCAACUCCAAUGUCCACUCAUUAUCGUACGGAUUGGCCCAUUCUCAAGCCGCCAGCGACUGAGAAUACUGGAUGGAUUGACCAAGGACUUUUCAGUCCUCUUCCUUACACCCGUCCCAACUUGCAUGAAGCACGUUUAGCUAAAUCUCGACUUAUUGUUUUCCAGGAGCCGACACCUGCACUUGUUUUCCCACGCCGCCAACCCCGUGAACGACCCAUCGCACUCCCUAGACUCCCCGAUGUCAGCCAUUUGGCCGUUGAUUUAAACUCGAACGCCGACUACGUCGUACUAGUCUCGAUGUACGAAGUUUACAAUGAUCGGAUUUUUGAUCUUUUGUCGCCUGCCAUCAACCCUGGGCAGGGAAAUACAAUGUCUCGUGGCAACACCCAGAAGGAUCGCCGACGCCCAUUACUGUUCAAAUCUACCGAAGGAUCGCCUGAUCGGAAGAUCGUUGCGGGUCUCCGUAAAAUUGCCUGCAGCAGCUAUGAAGAAGCCCUGGCGAUUUUGGAUGUUGGUUUGACCGAACGCAAAGUGACAGGCACUGGAGCGAAUAGUGUUAGCUCUCGAAGUCAUGGCUUCUUCUGUCUCGAGGUGAAGAAACUAACUCACAAUAAACGAUACGGGGAGGCCACCUGGGUAGGUAAUACUCUCACAGUCGUGGAUUUGGCUGGAUCCGAGCGCGCAAGAACCGCCAAGACAGCUGGUGCUACCCUCGCGGAAGCUGGUAAAAUCAACGAAAGUUUGAUGUAUCUUGGCCAAUGUCUGCAAAUGCAGAGUAACCUGCAAGACGGCGUUAAAACUGCCCUUGUUCCUUAUCGCCAGUGCAAGCUCACUGAACUUUUAUUUUCCAAUUCUUUCCCUACUACUACCCAAAUGUCUCGUGGCCAUCACCCACAAAAGGCUAUCAUGGUUGUCACCGCGGAUCCUCUGGGCGACUUCAACGCUACCUCCCAAAUUCUGCGUUAUUCUGCACUGGCUCGCGAAGUCACCGUGCCCCGGGUUCCUUCAGUGACAGAAUCAAUAAUUUCUGUUGCCUCCCUCCGAGAGCGUUCCAUCAGUGGACGCACAACGCCCAAUGAUGCACCAUCGCCAGAACUAGAAAGGGCUCUGGCGGAAAUCGAACGGCUCACAAAGGACUGCCAUGGUCUUGCUGUGCGUUUGGCCGAAGAGGAAAUUGUUCGCUCCGAAACGGAGAUUAGAUUAAGGGCCGCUGAAGAAAGAUGCAUCGAUAUCGAACAAGAGAUCCGUGAAGAAUGCUGGGCCGAGAUGGACGAAAUGAUGGAGGCAGAGCGAAGACGCUGGCAGAGUGCAUUGGACGAACAGAUCGGCCGAAACGAUGAUCAUGUUGACCGAAAGAUCGAGCUGGUUUCACGUGGAUUCAACAUUUUUGAAGACCCCGAGCCAUCCUUAAACGCCAGAGUGGAGGAACUGGAAGACGAAAACGAGCAGCUUCGUCGUCGCAUCGCUACCCUUGAGCGCGAAAUGCAUUCUCAUUCUCCCACCCGCAAGCCCAGGGCGAAGAACGCAACUCCUGGCCAUACAUCCAACAUGCUUAGCAGAGAAAGCGACAUUGAGAAUGCUUUACAACGCAUGAAUCAGCUCAAUCUUACGGACACCAUGUUCUCUCCUGCCACUCCAAGCUCUUCGCCGGGAAAGAAACAGAGGAAGUUGGGAACGAGGAAGCUUGACCUGGGCUCUGAGUUUGAUAUCUAA